CCCUGUGUCUGUUUUUUCACUCUCUCUUUGGCUCUCGCUCUUUCUUUUUCUCUCUCGCUUUCUCUCUGACACUCGUGGCAGGACAGGACAGAGAGGUAGACUUUCAGUUCUAUCCCACAAACACACGGUGAAACCGUAGACGUCCCCUUUAUGCAUUUUUAACAGCUCAGCAGAUGAUGGGAACAGUUUGGUUGGGACUCUUUGUUCAAAGAUACAGACCAAAGUGAUCAGCUGUAAAUGUUACUUGUCAUUCCCAAGGUAAGGCAGGGGAUGUACUCCUCUGUGCUUUGCUACCUGAUAAGAAGGGUCGCCCCUCAACAUCUUGCUGACCUUUAAUCAGACACGCAUCAGGGACAAGAUACCUUGGCACAUCUUCGAACAGAGACUGACUGGUAGAACAGGAUGCCUGGGUCCAGCGGCGUUAACGUGGAGGGCUCUUGUGGGGCCCUGUGUCGAACCCUGGUUUCUCAGAACGGUCUGCAGAGAGACACAGCAGACAUCUCCCAGUCUGUCCUCUACACAUCCCUGAUGGGCCUGCUGCUGGUUGCUGACAAUGAGAAAGAGGCGCUUACUGUUGGAAGUGGAAGAGUUGGCCUUAGAAACAUUGGGAAUACAUGCUUCCUGAACGCAGUGGUCCAGUGUUUGUCUCACACUUGUGUCCUGCGCAACUAUUGUCUUCUGAAGUCUUACAAGCACGAGAAGUUUUCAAAAGAGGAGGCAAAGCUCAUGGAAAGUUUCUCUCAGGUGCUCUCAGGCCUUUGGGAUGUUAGGGAAGGAGACACUGUUGUAAAUCCUCGACAGUUUUACAGCGUUUUUAAAGCAGCAGUGCCUUACUUCAACGGUUACAGCCAGCAAGACGCUCAGGAGUUUCUCAGGUUCCUACUGGACAAGCUGCAUACCGAAAUAAAUCGCAGGCCUUAUGUUAAAAGGACAGGGAAGGAGCCUCAGCAACAAUACGUCAGAUUUAGAAUUUCAGAAGAGGCGAAUGCCACAUGGAAGAAGCACUUGGAAAGAGAUGACAGCAUAAUAGUAGAUCUUUUCUCAGGUCAGCUGCGGAGUUCACUGCACUGCUCGGUUUGUUCGCACUACUCCAACACGUUUGAUGUGUUCUGUGAUCUGUCGCUGCCCAUCCCUAAAAGGAGCUCUGCAGGGGAAGUCACCCUGCAGGAGUGUCUGGACCUCUUCUCUCAGGAGGAGAAACUUGACAAGGAAAACUCACCAAUGUGUGAGAGAUGUAACAGACGUACAGAGUGCACCAAGCGGCUUUCCAUCCAGAGGUUUCCUCAGGUUAUUGUAAUCCAUUUGAACCGUUUCACAACAUCCAGGUGGUCUAUCAGUAAAAGCACCGUGUACGUGUCUUUUCCCCUCAAAAACCUGGACCUCGCACCUUACGGACCCGUUGACUGUGGCCCAGUUUUAUAUGAUUUAUAUGCAAUUUGUAACCACGCUGGGACUGUGAAUAUGGGCCACUAUACGGCCUGCUGUCUAGACCAAAGUGGAUGGUGCUUCUACAAUGACUCCAGCGCGACCUCGAUCACGGAGAGCCAGCUUCAGACAAAUCAAGCCUACGUCCUGUUCUACCAACGCAGCAGCAGCACAGCCACAGUCAGGAAAUAGCCUACAAGAUGCAGCCAAUCAGUCACCUCACCUCCGGUGUCCAUAGAAACAAAUAGAAGCAGCAGCAGUUUUAACCCUGACAUCAGCAGCAAAAAAACCAUCUCGAUCUCAGUGUGCCUUCUCUGGAACUAAAAGCACAGGGAGAGAGAAGGCAUGCUUGUUGUAACAGGUUUUAAUGUCAGUUGUGCUUGAGAAGCAUCUCAGUAGCCAUUUCAGUGUCUGCAUGGCUACUCUCAGGGAGGUGAGAGCCUGAUGAAUAUGAUGCUCUUAUUCAUUAUGAACAGCUCUUACUCUGCGAUUAUAUGUAUGACGUAAGCACUAUAUACGUGUACAUCAUCAUCAAUCACGCUUACUGAUAUGAGCCCUUACAACCAAAUGAAGAAAACAUAAUAGAAAUAGGUCAUGACUUUGACAUGUAUGUAAGAAAUAAAAUGGCAUCUUGAUAAUUUUUGUAAAUAAAUUCUUAUAAUUAUUCAAGUGGUCACACAUUAAAAUAAAACUUUCUGAAAAACGUUUUGUUUUCCUUUUUUCAAGAGAUUUCAUUCGAGAUUUAUGGUUUCUGAGGAAAAGAAAGUAAAGCGGUGGACUGAUGGCCAUUAUGUCAGAAAGAAUAUGUAGAUGAAGUGUCCGAAUGUAAAUCUUUACCAACUUAAAGUUGAACACAUCCAUAAAAAAGAUGAAAGUAAAAAAUGAGGGAAACAAAGAUCUAUAUUUUUAGACUUCUUCCAAAUUGGUCAAAAUCCACUGGCAAGAAGAGAGAAUUGAUUGAAUUUAUCUUGGAAACCCAGUAAAAAAAAAAAAAACAACUGAGGAAUUAGGAAACCAAAACAAUUAUGGAAAUUUAAAUUAAAAGAGACAAAAUUAAAUAGAUUAUUUUCAAAAAGAUUAUCAUAAAAUUAUAAUCCAUAUCCUUAUUGAAUUAAGUGUUUCAAUAAUUUAUUUAGUUGACAAUUUGUUAAAUAUGCAAUUUAACCAUUAAAUUGCAAGCUUAUAUAGCAGAUGCAGAUAAUUAAUUCAAUGCGUUUUCAGUAGUUUCAUGGUUCCUGUUCCCGGAGCGUCACCAUAAAAUAAAUUUAUCUGUCAAAUUUCGAUAGACAGGACUGAAACUGAUCUGUUCAACUCCACUGGUUUAGCUUCAUUCUUACCAGCCUUUUGCUUCCCUACUCUACGAAACUGGCAUUCAAUCAAUUCUUCGACUUUAUCUGGUCUGGACGACAGCCUCCUGCUUCUGUCUUGUCUGCUAAUUGUAAAAUCUCACCAACGAGCUCACAGGAAGGUCAAGUAAAAUCGUCUAUGAAAGUGGCCAUGACUUUCAUAAACUAGUAGAGUUCAACAGACCCAUGUUAGCUUCACCCCUUGACUUUGAAGGGUGAGUUUGACACAUAAAAUGAAAGUUUCAGCAAGAAAAUUCAAAGACCACAGGUGCAUGAUCAGAUAUUGUAAUGUCAUAAACUCUGCAGGAGAGAACGUUUUGUGGAGGGCCAUGUGCCUUUCUGUUAUCUUGAACCAGUUUACCCAUUCUCCUAUAUUUUUUUCUUUUUCUAACCCAAAUGAUGGCUGAGUGUGAAAACGCACAACUCCCUCUACAUGAGUUGUGUGUGAGAUACACUGAGCAGGAUGUUUGCAACCAGCAUCUUUGCCAUGCCACAUUCAACGUCACUUAAAUCUCCUCUCUUUCCCAUUGCGUUGCUUGAUUUGAGCUACAGAAAAUUAUUUUCAUUGCAUCUAAAUGCCUAAAUGUACCAUGAUGCUCCAAUGUGACUGACUGACAUUGAAUUGGUAACAGGCAAUUUAUAGAUACUAAGUAGACCUGUGAGUAUAUGAGUAAGUGAGACUCAAUCCUGUCAGAACCCAUUCCAUUCUGGUGAAAUCAUGCAACAAUCUCCACACGCCACUUAACUUCCAUAGUUUGGUAUGCAAAUUGCUAAGUUCUUAUAAAAUAUAAACAAAACCUUAAAUAAUUUUCCGUUAGUAGUUUGUACAUUAUGUAAUGAAUUAGAAAACUAUUCCAGGCACUGGGUUGUUUCACUGUGAACAUUUUGGAUGUUAAUGCUGUCAGACGGAUAAAGAGACAGCUGCAGUUUACAGAAAGUUAAAAACAUUUUGCUACGUGUAAGGUGCGGCAUCCUUCUGACAAAUGACACAAGGAGGCAAACUGAGAUUUCCAGUCUGUCUGGUAGGACAAUUAACACACUGAGCUCUUCUACCCCUACUUGCAAGUGUGUUCCUUCAGUUUUACAGAUAGUACAAGGCUGGCAUGUUAGGAUCAGUCAAGCAAACUUUGAAUUUCAGAGUUUAAACGGCUUUAGAUAGCCUAGCCUGAAAGAGAUGACUGGUUUGACAAGUCCCCAUUUCCCUACUCAACUGGAUUGGUAACA